AGCUCGACUUCCAUGGCUAAACUAUCCACAGCCCCCAGACCGGAGGGCGCGACGUUCGGAAGGUGGACGACCUGGAGCAAUCCGGUUUCGAGAUUCAUGAAUGGCUCAGGCUCAGGCUCACAAUCGACACCGACGCCCACGCCGACAGCUGGUAAUGCUACUGGCAGAGGAGGACUGGGACUGGGUCUUGGUAAAGGGAAGGCCGUGAAGCGACACCGGCGCGUACUGAAGGACAGCCUCUAUGGGGUCACCAAAGGCGACAUUCGACGUCUCGCACGUCGCGGCGGCGUCAAGCGGAUCUCCGCUAAUAUCUAUGACGAGACACGCGCGGCUCUCCGUGCUCGCCUUGAAAAGCUUCUCAAAGAAAUCACAGCCGUGACAGAAGUAUGCGGAAGAAAGACAGUCUGCGUGACUGAUGUGAUCUUCGUGCUGAACCGACUCGGCUCGCCGAUCUACGGCUUCGGUGAAGCGAAGAGAUGAAGACCGCUCUGUUGUCCCAUCAUUUCCGGAGUUCUGGAUUUUUGAUACCUGCAGGAUGGUUCUGUCCUUGGAGUUGUGGUCUCUUGAAUGUGCUCUUUGUACAUGGUCGAUUGCCAGCGGCUGGUAUGUGGUGGAAAUGCUUUGUGGGACUUGUUGCCUAUCAGCAUGUUUUGCCUG